AUGAUCAUGCUUGUCAGCUUGUUGGCAGUUGUAUCUCUUGUCGUAAGGGCCACCUGUAUCCCAACCGACAUGGGCUCAGCUAAUUUCACCAAGUCACAAAAAGUGAUGGGUUAUUACCCAGCAUAUCAUUCAAGCCUCCAAUCCCCAGCCCAAAUUCCUUGGUCCCUAUACACCGAUGUCACGUUCUUCGUCGCUAUCCCUGAACUUGACGGCUCCUUCACCUACCCUCCGGGCCUUACAUCCGAAACUGCGGAAGCGCUCGCUGGUCAAUUUGUCAAAGAAGCCACUGCUAACAAAGUGCUCCCCAUCAUGUCAUAUGGUGGUUGGACCGGUUCAAAGCACUUUUCCAUCAUGGUGCAAGAUGACACCAAUCGACAAAAAUACGCCAGAGUGCUGAUCGACUUUGCCAAGAAAUUUGGUUUCAAGGGAAUUGAUCUUGACUGGGAAUACCCUAACGCUGCUGGAAUCGGUUGUAACAACUUCACUGCGGCCGAUACUGUCCACUUCGGUUCAUUUGUUCGAGAACUUCGAAAGCAAUGGCCUGAGGCUCAAUACAGCGCCGCUUUGAGCAUUGGUGGUUUACUCGGGGCGGAUGGUAAGGUAGCCGGCGCCAACGAAACCCAACUUCUUGUUGAGAACCUGGACUUCGCUAACAUCAUGGCCUACGAUGUCUUCGGAAACUGGGCUGCAACCACUGGCCCUAUCGCACCAAUCUACGAUUCAUGUGCUCCUGAGAACCCGGCUUCUAUCAAUUCCGCUCUCGCUAUCUUCACAAAACAGGGAUUCAAGCCAAGCCAGAUGGUGUUAGGAAUUCCUGCUUACGCUCGCUCGUACGAAUUGACGUCACCCAAGUUGACUCCUCGAACUGAGGAAAAGUUGGUUUCGUACUAUUACCAAAACCACACAACCACCGCUCCACAAGGUGGAAAGACCGAUGAUCCACCAAUGAUCGACGUGUGUGGUGUUCAAACCAACUGGGCGGGUAUUUGGCUUGUGAACGAGUUGAUGGAGAAGGGUGAUUUAUCGGCUGACCAACUUUCAGGCGGAAAUGGUUACACACGUCACUUUGAUGAAUGCAGUGGUCAACCAUUCUUGACCAACGGAAAAUACUUCUUCUCGUACGAUGAUCAAGUCAGCAUCGCCGCCAAAGGAAAAUUCGCCAAAAAAGCCAACCUUGCCGGUAUCUUCUUUUUCGAUACCCUUGGACAACCUCAAUCAGCCAUCAAAGCUGGAAAGGAAUCUCUCCAAUGA